AUGCGAGCCGAGCUGCCAAGAAAGCUCCAGACAUUGUGCGAGGGUUUGACGGAGGUCCAGGAUGACUGGCUCGCGAUCGAGAACCUGGGGCAUGGCAGCUUUGCGAACGUGUUCAGGAUGAGGAAGAGAGAUGAUUCGGGUCUAGAGCUUGCCAUCAAGUUUCUCAGGAAGGAGAACAGUCCCAGCUCACCAAAACGUGGAGGGCACGACUUGUACAUUCAGAAUGAGAUGCUCAAGACGAUGAGACACGAGCUCAACAUUAUCAGCAAAUUGCCAGGGCACCCGAAUGUUAUCAAGGUGCUGGGAGCAAGCUACGACGGAUCAUACUUUGCGAUGGAAUUGGCCAAGACCGAUUUGUUUCAGAUCGCUCGAAAGAAGAAUGUUUGCAUGAUCCUCCGAGACGCCUGGAAUUGGUUGAACCAGCUCACGUUGGCGGUGAUGCACCUCCACUCAAACGACCUCGUUCACCUCGAUAUCAAGUCGUCCAACGUGCUCAUCUUCGGUGACAACACAGUCCGGCUGUGCGACUUUGGGCUGUCGAGGGAAAUGGAAGACAACACGAUAGCAAUUGACUGCGAGGUGAACAACAUCGACCGAGUUCUUCCCUUCGCUAACGAUUGCAGACUAUCACCUUGUGGAGUUGACGUGUGGGGGAUCGGAUGCAUCGCCCUCGAGCUCCUGUGCGGCUCGACCCCGUUCAAGGACAUGUUCUGGAUCAGUAUCGUUGUGCGUGCUCUGAAAACUUUCCGCAACUACAGGGAGAUUUGUUUCGCUCAUUUCGGUGGAUGGCCGCAUUUCAUCCCCAGAUUGGAGAGGAUGAUCUCCACAAAGAUGAGCGGGAGAGGGCUGAAGUUCCUCAACGGCUCGCUUGCGAUCAAUCCAUCCAAACGGAUGUCAGCGCAGGAGCUGAUAGAGAUCAUGCCUUGGUCGUGCUCAGCAAGAAGGUCCUUCUCCUCCGCUCAUCCUUCCGCCCUCUUCCAUGAGAUCCGGCGCAACAGCCAGAGCGCUCAAGGUCUCCAGCUCGCGCUCUUCUUUCCCUUCCUUCUCCUCUCGCUUCUUGCCGAUCCCUCGUGUCCCUCCCUGCCUCUCCUCUCCUCGGUGAUCACCUGUCCCUUCCUUACUCUGAUCCUUUCAAUCUCGCUCUGCACCUCCCUUCUCUCCCUGUAUCGCAACGCGUCUCUCUCCCUCCUCUCUUGUCGCUCCCCUGCCCUCCUCACACUUCGCCGUGCCAUCGUUGGAGAAGGGACUCACAUCGUCUCUGACCCUCUCCUCUCAGAGCUGAAGUCGCUGGUUGGCUCGCCUGUGCUUCACGCCCGCGACAGAGACUUGCCUCGGAGCCGCGUCAACAGUGUCGACGAGUUCGGCGUCUCUUCCUCCUCCUCCUCCUCCUCCUCCCCUCAGUUCAGCACCCCAGCGAGUGGUGGCCGCAUCCAGUCCUUCAGGAUGCGAUCGGCCAGCGUCGAGCCAGCGCUGAACUGA